UUGAUUUGUUACAAAUUCCUGCGUAUCAGAGUCUCCUUCAUGUUUCUUAAAUAUUGUCCCAUCAUAAAUUCAAGAUACCGAAGUAUCUUCUGUAUCACAGAAUCUUUACGGCGUGAAAUCAAAAGAAAUUAAACAAAUCAGAACAACCUGAAACCCCUACGUGUAAUUUGUAGACUUGUCCAAUCUAAUCUUGACAUUCCUAAUUGAAAGUGUGUACUGAUUGACGACCAUGUAAACAUGUGAACCAAUAUUUUUUAAAACAGGUUUAUCAUAGAUGAAUUGUUUAAUUAAGAGUAUAGAAAAGGUUAUACAAUUAUUCAAAUGAAAGGUUAGUAUCAUUUUACAUAGAACAUGGGUUCAGGUCCUAGCAAACAAAAAAAUCAACAAAAAGAGCCUCCAGCAAGAUCUGAUAAUGUUUCCAAGUCAUCAAGACAACUUAAAAUUGAGAAUAAUGAAAAGAAAAGUUUUGUGGAAACUGAAAUAUCUGUAAAUAGUUCAAAAACUAAGGAUCGGAAUGAAAACAACAAAUUUCAAACAGAAAGGGCGACGACAAAUAAAAACUACAACGAAAAGAAAAAUGGAAAUGUUAAAAACAACCAAAUUCAUAAGAAUUUGGGGAACUUUGAAAGUGAUUCAGAAUCGGAAGGUGAAGAUAUAAACGCUGUGCUUGAGGCAACAAGAAACGAAUACAACAGUAAACUUCAGGAACAAAAUCAGCGGUACUCUAGAGACAAUGAAACUAGUUACCCUGAAACAUAUGCUCAGCGAUUACAAAGGGAACAAUAUCGAAAUCAGCCGCAGGGUAUAUUAAGACAGAAAACUAUAUAUAGAAAUCCUGAGGAGUGGGAAGUAGAUGAGAUUUUAGAUCUGAACAAGAAUGAGACAGAGAGUUUUGAUGUGUCAAAGUUUAAAGAAGCAAAUGUACACCAAAAACAUACCCCAGAAGAGAAUACCAUGUUGGAUAGUGAUAUAUUCUCACCAGAAGUUCCAGAGACAAAAGAAAGAAGAAUGGCACCAGAUCCAGAUAACUACUACUUCCAGCCUAAUGCGAAACAGAAAUCCUUGCCACAUUACGAUACCUCUGAGGAAGCCUUGUUAGAUGAAAUAGAGAAAGAAUUUGAGUUGUGAUCGGUGGUCACGUGUUACAUACAGAAUUGUGAUGCUCUGUUUCAGUGUAUCGUCAUCAUUCUUUUAACCCUUCCCAUGCUAAAUUUCUAUAAUGGACUGGUCCAUCUUCCAAUUUGGAUAGUACCAUUUAUCAUUUGAAGGGGUGUUUACUGAAAAUUUACUGACUGAAAAGCGAACAGUGCAGACCAUGAUCAGACUGCAUGGAUGUGCAGGCUGAUCUUGGUCUACACUGGUCGCAAUGGCAGAAUAAAUCGUCUUUAGCAUGGUAAGGGUUAAAUUUAAACCAUUAUAUCAUUUACUCUGAUAUCAUUAAUAUUUAUCGGGGACUACUUUUUGUUCAUUUUGUUAUUGUUCUGAUCUGUGAUAUAAGGUUCCAAGGAACAAAUAGAAAUUCCCAUUUAUUUCAUCCUAAAAAGUUAAAAUCCAUGAAUUCAUAUCAGAUUCUGCAUUAAAAAAAACACAACACUUGAUGCCCAUGAAAUUAUAUGGUUUCGCAGUGUCGUGUAUUGUAAUGUGGUCUUUUGAAUAUCAUAUGUAUACAUGUAUCAUGAAGGUGUUUAUUUCUGAGAUCAUUUACUACAAGCAGUCUUUCGUGAUAUCAUGAUUCUUUCAUUUGUUAUUUCAUGUCCAAUUCAUUAUGAUUUAAGUUCGAAACUUAUACCGGUUCAUUAAAAUGUUAAAUUUCCUUUCUGCUUGGUUGCAGUUAAAUUAGCACAGAGAUAAAUGAAACUUUCCAUGAAUAUUCAUUCUGUAACUACAGAUAGCUCACCAAAAGUUUGGUAAUAAAGAUUUGCUAUAAAUAAAGUUACAACAACUUUAAUAUUUGCCAUUCUGGACCCAUAGUCAUAAGUGUUUUAAGUCUGCUGAACAGCUAAAGUUACUUUUUGCCCUAUAUAUGAAAAUUUCUACGGAUUUUUAGCUCAUGUUGAGCUUUUGUGACCGCUCAAUGUCCGUCGUCGUCGUGCAUCAGUCAACAAUUUCUAAAAAAAUCUUCUUGAAAACCACUGGGCAGAAUUACACCAAACUUCACAGGAAUGAUCCUUGGCUGGCCCCUUCCAAAAUUGUUCAAAGAAUUGAAUUCCAUGCAGAACUCUGGUUGCCAUGGCAACCGAAAGGAAAAACUUUAAAAAUCUUCUUAUGCAAAACCGCAAGGCAUAGAGCCUUGAUAUUUGGCAUGUGACAUCAUCUAAUGGUCCUCUAUGAAGAUUGUUCAGGUUGUGCCCCUGGGGUGAAAAGAGGCCCCACCCUGGGGGUCACAAGUUUUACAUAGACUUAUAUAGGAAAAAACUUCAAAAGUCUUCUUGUCUAAAACCACAAGACCUAGGCCUUUGAUAUUUGGUAUGUAGCAUUGCCUCAUGGUCCUUUACCAAAAUUGUUCAAAUUACAACUCUGGUGUGAAAAGAGGCCCUGCCCUGGGGGUCUCAAGUUUUACAUAGACUUGUAUAGGAAAACUUCAAAAAUUUUCUUGCCUUAAACUGGAAGGCCUAGGCUUUUGAUAUUUGGUAUGUUGCAUUGCCUUGUGGUCCUCUACCAAAAUUGUUCAAAUUAUGCCCCUGGGAUGAAUAGAGGCCCUGUCCUAGGGGUCACAAAUUUAACAUAGAAUUAUAUAGUCGAAAAAAAUACAAUUUUUUUUAUCUUUAAGUUCAAGGCCUAGACCUUUGAUAUUUGGUAUGUAGCAUUGCCUAGUAGAUCUCUAACAAGAUUGUUCAAAUUAUGCCCCUUGGGUGGAUAGAGAACCUGUCCCGGGGUUCACUUGUUAUAUGAGUUAUAUAGGAAUAUAUACUUAAAGAAUUAUCAGAUCAUAUUUCCUAGACUGUUCAAUUAUAAUUACCUGAUGACCUCAAUCGAUUAGGGGUUACUUGACUGUGACCUUGACCUACUGACCUACUUUUUUGUUUUUUAAGAUACAGCCUUGAAACUUGGAUGGCAUGUACAGUUUUGCACACCAGUCUUAACACUGACUUUCAGUGACAGUGAAUGUGACCUACUGACCUACUUUCUAAUAUUCUAGCAUCUGUGUGCCAUUUUAAACAUGUGGCUCAUAUUACUCAGGUGAGCGAUUUAGGGUCAUCAUGACCCUCUUGUUAAUUUUUAGGAAACUUGGCUUAAAUAUGGCGUACACUACAACAAAUUGCUUUGUAAAGUUUCUGCAGUACAAUUUUACAAAGGAUGGUAUGGCAAUUUAAAUUUAUAGAGGUUUGAAGUUUAAGUUUGACUGUCAGACUUAGAAUGUUGAUGAAUACAAAUGGUGUUACUGAUUGCAUGAUUCAAUACUUUGACUUUAUACAUCAUUACUUGUCAUAGAUGUGUGAUAUCUGCUUGCAAUGUGUGAUAUCAUUUGUAAUACAGUGUGUUAUAACUUGUGUAAUACAUGAAAAAUGUUGCUGAAACCUGUGAUAUAUUACUAGAAUUAAAUACUGUGAAAUCAUUAAUAUUCGUGGGGGACUAAUUUUCAUGGAUUUCGUGGUCGAGUCAAUCCACGAAAUUUAAUCCAAACAAACAAGUAAAACUCCCAUUCAUUUUAUGUUCUAAUGUUGAAAUCCACGAAUUCAUAUCCCCAUGAAAUUGCCAUUUUAACCCAAACCACGAAUUUCAUGCCCACGAAAUUAAAUGAUUUUACAGUAGUCAUUACAUUGUUAGUUCAAGACAUGACUGAAUACAUUUGGAACUGUAUCAUUUAAACAAGUACUGAAUGUGGCUCUCUUUAGAAUUAGAUUUAAUGUCAUUUUACCCAAAGAUGAUUGACCAUCCAGCUGUUUGAGAGAAAAAUACCUUGUGUAUAUCUUAUGUUUAAUUGUGCUCAGUUUUUAUGUGACAUGCUGUGAAACAUUAUUUUUUGUUGGGAGACUAAUUUUCUUGGAUUUCAUGGUUGAGUCAGUGCACCAAGUUAACUCUUACCCUGCUGAAUUUCUAUAAUGAACUUGUCCAUCUUUCAGUUCGGACGGUACUAAUAACUGUUAAAAGGGGUGCAUACCAAAAAGGUACUGACUGAAUGGCGAACAGUGCAGAUCAUGAUCUGACUGCAUGGAUGUGCAGGCUGAUUAUGAUCUGCACUGGUCACAAAGACAGAACCAGUCGUGUCUAGCAUGGGUUAUAUCCAAGUGCGCUAGUAAAAUUCCAAUUUACAUUAUGUUCAAAAUUUAACUCCAAGAAUUUAAGUCUGCAAGAAAUAGUGAUUUUGCUCAAAACCACAAGAUUUCCUGCCCACAAAAUAUAUUGGUUCCACAGUCUAACAUAUUUAGUUAUCAGGAAAAAAAUCACUUUCUUUUUCUUCUUCACUUGUUGUGUUAUAUAAAUUACAGAAGGAUCUUAUGCUUUUUUUUUUUGUCACUAGACAAGUGUAAUAUAAUCUUUGAUCUGAUUAUUUAAUAGCACAAACUGAUAACAAAUUUCAUUGGAUUACUGAAAAAUCAUUUGGGUACUGUAUAUUUCAUGUCACUUUAAUAUGGCUGUUUCAUUGUCAUUACCAGUAUCCAUAUUCAUAUAUCAGAAUUUGCGAUUUGUACUUUCAAGUUGUUUGAUCUUUGCGAUUAUAUUUAAGACAUAAUUUUUGACUUGUACUUUUGGAUAGUAUUAGCCAAUAUAGAACUAUUGCAAAAUAUACACCCAAUGCACAGUACCAUUAUCUGCAAAAUAGAUUUUUAACUGAAGUGUGAAAGAAGUGCAAAACUGAAGUAUUUCACGGCUAGAAGAAUAGAAAUAAAUUACUUUGCGCUUUUUAUUUCCCCCUAUUCUGUAUUUAUUAUGAUAUAUAGCUUUUUCACUUGUUGAUGAGGCUUUAAAAGACGUUUUCUUAUGUCUGGUUUUGUUACUAUAUAUAGUAAAAUCUGUGAUGUUCAAUGCCCAACGAACAUUUUGUUCUAAAACUUUCUUGUGUUCUGUCCUGGAAAUUGUUCCUUAUGUUGUAAGGUAGUGGACAUAGUAAAUUUCUGUUCUGUGUAUAAUUUUCGACUUUCUCUGGAAAUUUUCUUACAUGAACUGUAUUAACCUUUACCCUGCUAAAUUUCAAAAAUGGACUGUUCCAUCGUUCAGUUUGGGCGGUACCUUUUAUUAUUCAAAGGGGACAGGUUUACUGAAAAUUUACAAACUGAAUAGCGAACAGUGCAGACCAUGACCAGCUGGUACGGACAUGCAGGCUGAUCUUGGUCUGCACUGGUUGCAAAGGCAAAACCACCCGCGCCAGCAGGCUUAAAGGUUAAUGGUCAGAGAAUGCUAAAAUGACAAACAAAAUGGCAUAGAAUAACAUGUAAUGUGUUAGGUUUAUUAAUGGAAUUUAAUACGAAUGACAAGAAGGAAACUUUGUAAAGCAUUAUUUUUUUUUUAUUAUUGCAUUAGAGAGUGUUGUAUUCUUUUAGGAAACUGGAGUGAAAUGUUUGAAUUUGUCACAUGAAAAUUGGAAAUGACCAAGUUUCUAAGAUGAGGGUUGAAUUUAUUAAGUUGUUGUCACAUAUAUAAAAAGAUUCUGAUGUACAGUUGUAGAAUAGUAUAUCAUUAAUUUUCAUCUUUCAAGUUAUUUUAGCAGAUUUAAUUUUAAAACUACUGCUACUAGUAUUUACUUAUCUCAUAUAAUUUUUCUUUUGCAUUUCUUGAAAGUACUGAUUCCUCUAUUGAUAUUCUGAGAUUUUGACGUUUUUAAGGAUUUUUAAGUCUUAGCAAUUUUCAAAAGAUUUAUGUUAAUAAAUUAAACCUUGGAAUAUAUUUUUGAAGAAUUAAUUAGUCAUGGAACAGCAUUAUUGAAAUAGACAUGAGGCAGAAAUCUAACAUAUUUCUUUUUGCCACAAAAUUGUCAAUGAUUGCUCAUAAUUUAUUUACCUUCCAGUUAAAUAAAAUUACUUUAUUAUUUAAUAAUAAUUGUUCCAGCAUUCAGUUUUCAUAUAUAAUAGAGUAAGCUAAGUGAAGUUUGAAUUAAGUUAUGCUUUACUAAGUUACUGGAACUUGGGAUAAACAUAGUAAUGUGCAUGCCUUAAUUUCAUCUAUUUUCAUUAACCUAUCAGGUAGAAUGUUGCCCUCAUUUUUCUACAGGUGUAUUUAAAUCUGGACAUUAGAUUAGGCCAAAUGAAUGUUGUAUAAUCAAUCACUUAAAAAUCUUACAUUUUACCAACCGUCAUGCUUUUGGUUUAAACAGUAUUUCAUUGAUAUAAUUACAAUUGUUACGGUAAAUUGUUAAAUAUACAAACAUAGAGGAUUGAGUAGGAAGCUAUAAUCUUUUUUAGAAACUCUCUCCCUAUAAAUAAUGUAAUUUCAAUGGUAACAAUAUAAACAAUCCAUCAUUUAAAUAUUAACCUUUGUAAAAUUGUAAAUCUUACAUUUUACCCAUCAUGCUUUUCUUGAUACUGCUAAAGUUUGGUUUUCUUAUGCCUAUAUUCACAUAUAAUGAAGUCUUGCACAUUGUAGCAUUUUUCAUCUAUCAUUUUAUAAUUAAUCUUACAAAAUAUAAAGACAGUUGCAAGACUAAACUUUUUAGGAAAAAAAGCUUGUUGGCUAUCAAAUUGUAAAAAUAAAGUUACAAAAACUGUAAUAUUGAAUCUAGAGAGCAUUACAUGUUUAUCCAAAGUUACAGAUCAUCCCUUUGCUGUAGAUUUAGAAUAGUUAUUUAUUUCCUUUGGUGUUUCAUGAAAGUUCUCAUACUAAAGAUAUUACAUGUAUAUAGCAAUAUGUGUAAAAUAUUGUUCUGACUCGAGGCAACAACAUUAAAACAAAUAUAAAGCAUUACAGUGAAUGUUGUUAUGGCAAUUUUAGUGAAAAACUAUUUGUUAUAUAAUGUUACCAGUUAAAAGUAAGGAUGUGUGUGCAGUUGAAACUUGAUUACUUUAAACUUAACCCAUUGUUGUAAAACUGAGCUUAAGAGGCCAGUCUAUAAACUCCAGCAUCUAAUUGGUUAUUUCUUAGCACAGUCUUGAAAUUGACCAAUGGCAAGCCUGCAUUUUCAGACUGGUCUGUUUGAAAAAGUUGAAAUUUGGGUAGCAUGAGACAAGACUGAAACUGAGAUGGAUUGGAUUUGUUUUCAUGUACUUCUGAAGCUCGGUAUCUGAAACUUCAGGGAUUUAGCAUUUUACUUUAAGAUAAUUGAAAUUCAACAUAAAAUGAUAUUUUGUGCACAUGUUUUCAGGAUGGGACUUGAAAAUGUCUUCAAGAUAGCUGAAAUGUUGAGAUAAGCGAGUUCGAAAUAUCGAGUUUCAACUGUUUUUACACAUUAUUUAUCAACAAAAUGUUGCAACAGUGGAAGCUUAACUGAAAAAAAGAUGUCAAAUGAUUAUUUAUUAUGAAUGGUUGAUGUAAUAUUGUAUGUUACAAAAUGUAGAAUUAUCCGGUUCUAAAUGUCAAGUAAUGCCAUUUUACAGUAAUAUUGUUUCUUAUUACUGGUAAUAUUGUAUGUUUUGUUGAUACUUUAAGCCAGAAAUGUUUUUAUGGUAUAAGGUUUAGGGUAUGUACAGUCUAAGGAUUUUUCUGCUACCCUCGUUUAGACUAGGAAAAAUCCCCUUACCAAAAUGUUUAUUAUUGCAUUCUUGUAAAUUUAUUUUUUCAUUUAUUGACAGGACAGACCUGGAUUUACAAAACUUCUUAUCAUCUGUUUUAGGCAAUGGCCUCAUUAUUUAUCUAAGAUUGAAAAACUCUUUCAUAGAUGUAAAAUUCAAACCAUUGCAUUUUUAUUUUUCUACAGAAUUUAACAAAUUAUCCUCGUAUAGUGAGACAAUAGUUACAGUCACUCGAUGUUGCAAGGGGAUUAGCAAAAUGUUCGAGUUUAUAAUCCUUAGUUUUGAGCAGUCCUAACACAGAUAAUAUAAAGAAAACAUCUAGGGACCACAAAUUCUUGAUUGAGGCCAGAUACUCAAGACAUCAAAUGUUCAAGGCAGUAGUGUUCAGCUAUAAAUUUUAAGUCCAGAAAAUAUUACACAUUCAGUUGCAUCAUUUAGUAAACCAGCUAUAUGCCAUAUUUCAAAAGAAAAGCAAUUAUUACUUUAUCAUCAAUCAUUUAUUUUCUGUGAAUAUUUAUUAAACUGACAUUCAAAUUUUUUUGUCAUUCCCUACCUUCCAUCGUUGAAUCUCCUUCCUCUAACACACCCCAUUUCCACAGCUACUGCACAUAACUUGAUUUAUUUUUUCACAUUUUUGAAGUUUACAUGAUCACAACAAUAAAUUGAUAAGAAUUCUGCUGUCAAGUUUUAUUUGAACUCAGAAUUAUAAAGAAGUCUAUAGUUAUACAUUGCUAAAUUCACCCUUCAUGUCUAAACCAGUGUAAAAGUCAUUAACAUUCAUGGGGGAUUAAUUUUUGUCGGUUUUGUGUUAGUGUCAAUCGACAAAAUUCAUUUACUGCCUCUGUGGCCAAGUGUUAAAAGUCGCUGACUUGAAAUUGCUUGCUCCUCACCGAUGCAAGUGUCAAACCUAGCUUUUGGUGUAGAAUUUUUCAUGUGAGGAAGCUAUCCAGCUGGCUUAUGGAAGAUGAUACUCUAACCAGGUGCCCGCUAAUGCCUGGACAAUUCUUUGAUUGUAAGCUAAAUUGGGUUGAUGUAACUUGAAACCUAACAAAAACAGAAACCAAAUUAAUUCUAGAGAAAGAAAAAUUUAUUUAUUUUGAUUAUUGAAUUUCAUGAUUUUAAACCUCCUUGAAAUAGGAGCUGUGGCCAAAACCACAAAAUUUUAUGCCAAAGAAAGUAAAUGAAAUAUAUUUUGCUUAUCAUCCCUUCCAGAUAUUUCACGUUAGAGGAUUUGUUUCUUGUGUGCUAAAUAGUUGUUGCAUGUUCUUCGAUGUUAACGGUUAUUUCCUAAAAACCCUAUUUAAGGUUGAAACUUGCUUCUUAAUAUGUAACUUUCAGAUGUUAUAAUGAACUGGCAUGUCAUGAAUUGUAUACAAAUGUAAUUCUGUUCUCAGUCACAUUUCACUGGAGUUUAUAAAGAACUUUUUGAUGACUUUUAUAAUGUUUUGCUCAAUUAAUCCAAGUACAUGUACUUUUCAGACUUAUUUAUAAAACUUAAGCGACUGUAUAACACACAGAUGUGUUGAAAAUGUUUAUGUUAAAGACAGUAGAGACGGUUUGCUUUCAUACUUUAACAGGUAUGUGAACAUAUUUCUUACUUUGUUGCAGUAAGUGUCUUUGGGUUCAAAAUUAAAAAUAUCGCCAAUUCUUCUACAUUAUAUAGCUGGACACCUUCUACUAUACCUGUAAAAUCAAAUUUAGAAGUUUUGAAAAUGCAAGUUUAAUUUAAGGGGCAUUUAGAAGUUUUGAAAAUGCAAGUUUAAUUUAAGGGGCAACUUUAUUAGAUCUAUUGUACAGUUUAUAACACUUUCAGUAUGUAUAUAUAUUUAUUACACGUAUGUACAUACAAGUAUGAAAGCACAGCCUCUCUAGUAUCUGUCGGGUCACAACACUUACUGUGAUAAUAUCAUUCUGUCCAAUAUUUUGCCAUUUCUGUUUAUUUUGAUAACAGUUUUAUGUUUACAGCAAGAUAUUUGAAUGUUUACACGUUGCAAUUGUUUGAUGAGCAUUCUGUCCACAUUUUAUACACUGUUGAAAGAAAUAAAACUUUAUGAAACUGAAA